AUGUCAGAUUUUCCUUCCAACACCAGUACAACUUCCACUGAAGGGACUACCAGCACGAUGGAGAACGCAAAGAAUACAGUCUAUGACAAUGCAUCUGCAGCUGCCAACGCUGUUGGAAACCACCCUCUCACUCAAAGUGUUGUAAACGGCCCAAUGGCAGAUAAUGUACGAGACCAACAUCAAAAGACUCAAGCCGAGUUUUCCAACCUCGCAAGCUCUCGAACCACUCCCACCACUCAAACAGCUACCGGUCAACAACUCACACAUUACCAUUCCUUCUUCUACAACUUGUUAUCGUGGGAGAAUCCUCGUGCAUCUGGAAUUGCAUACCUCUCUACCGUUGCAUUCAUCUUCGCCGCCAGAUAUCUUGAUAUCCUCCGAUAUUCAUUCAAGAUUACAUACAUGACUUUGUUUGUGACUGUUCUCGCAGAGGGUCUCGGAAAGCUAGCCUUCUCGCAUGGACUCACUUCUCAAUUCAGACCAAAAAAGUAUUACACAGUUUCUAAAGAGACUCUCGAUAGCGUACUCGGUGAUGUCCAUGAACUUAUCAACUUCUUCGUCAUCGAGUCACAACGUGUUCUCUUUGCCGAGAAUGUAUUUGUUUCUCUCACUGCCUUGAUCGGAUCUUUCAUUUCCUACUACUUGAUUAAGCUCAUUCCAUUCUGGGGUCUCACUCUCAUCGCUACUUCAGUUCUCUUCAUCUCCCCACUUGUUUACAAGACCAACAAGGAGCUCAUUGACAACACCCUCGCUCAAAUCUCGAGCAUUGUCAACCAACAAACCGAACAGGUCAAGCAACUUGCUAGUCAACACGCUUCUCACGUUGCCGAGACCACCAAGCAAUAUGCUGGAGAGUAUGCUCACAAGGCACAAGAAAUGAUCGGAAGUGCUAGAAGCCGCUCUGGAUCUCCAGAAGCUAGCAGAGUUGCCUCCCCAACUGCCAAGACCAACGGUAUCAAGGAGGAGGAUUUCCCAGCCGCACCAAAGGAGGAGUUCAAAUCCGGAAUUCCUGCUGAGGAGGAACCACUCAUUGCUGCAUAA